AACAAGUGCAACCCGACAAAGCGGGGUAGUCUCCAGCCUUUGACCGACCUGGAAAGGGAGAGAGUUCCUCCGCCUAUUGACCAAAGACUUCAGUACGCUUAACUUAACUUUAAGGUUGACAACGGUCUAGGCAACCUUAAACACAACGGGGGGAUUUUGAUAAAGUUCUCGAACUGAGCAGUUCCAAAGGACACAGAAAGGCAUUUUUAUCGCAGACUCCUUCCCCGUAGAGCUGCCGCCAUGAGUCUGAGCGUGAACGAUUUGACGGAGCUAAUGGAGAUUUGGGAGGAGCUUAACUUCACGGCGGACCAGUACGGAGACAACCUAUCCACACACCACGUGGAGGCACUACUGUGCCCGCCCGCCUUCAGCCACGGGGCGGUGCUCUACACUCUCUCCGUCCUCUACAUUUUCAUCUUCCUGGUGGGGCUGGCCGCCAACUCCCUGGUGGUGUGGGUCAACCUCCGCUCUAAGGCGAAGCGCUACGAGACGCACCUGUACAUCCUCAACCUGGCCGUUGCCGACCUCUGUGUGGUGGCCACCCUCCCUGUCUGGGUCAGCUCGCUGCUCCAGCGCGGCCACUGGCCCUUCGGCGAGGCCGUCUGUAAGAUCACCCACCUGGUGUUCAGCGUGAACCUCUUCGGGAGCAUCUUCUUCCUCACCUGUAUGAGCGUGGACCGUUACUUGUCCGUGGCGCUGUUCCGGGAGGGAGGGAACGGCCGCAGGAAGAAGGUGGUGCGGAGGGUCAUCUGCAUCCUGAUCUGGCUGCUGUCAGUGGCCGCCUCCGUGCCGGACACGUACUUCCUCCAGGCCGUCAAGUCCACCCACUUGGACGCCACCCUGUGCAGGCCCGUCUACCCCGUCGACAACCCCCGCGAGUGGAUGGUGGGCAUCCAGCUCAGCUUCAUCGUCCUGGGCUUUGCCAUCCCGUUCCCCGUCAUCACCGGGUUUUAUCUCCUUCUGGCCCGAGCCAUCGCCAGCGCCGACCCGGCCGGCUCCGGCACCAACUCAAACCAGGAGCGGAGUACCAGCCGGACGAUCAUCCUGACCUACAUCGUGGUGUUUCUGGUGUGCUGGCUGCCAUACCACGGAGUCCUUCUGGUGGACACGCUGGCCCUCCUCAACCUCCUGCCCUUCAGCUGCAGGCUGGACAGCUUCCUGUUCGUGGCCCUCCAUCUUACCCAGUGCUUCAGCCUCCUACACUGCUGUGUCAACCCCAUCGUCUAUAACUUCAUCAACAGGAACUACCGCUACGACCUCAUGAAAGCCUUCAUCUUCAAGUACUCCACCAAGACGGGCCUGGCCAAGCUCAUCGAUGCGUCGCGCGUGUCCGAGACGGAGUACUUGGCGGGGUCCGCGGUGGACAAUAAUGUGUGACAGGGACGCUUUGAGAGGACAGGACCGGAUGGGUUUCACUUUAUUAUUCCAGAGCUGAAAAUGGCUUUGGACACACUCAAGACUCAGAUAACAAACCACAGAGAACUAACUGCCUACCAAAGCGAAGCCGGAAGGCUUGAACAGUAAUACUUUAUCAGAGCGGACAGCCACAACUUCGAACGGGAAGGAUGACUCAAGCACAUUAGGCGUACUGUAGAACACCUAGGCCAAAUACAAAUUUCUUUUUUUUUUUGGUUGAGAGUGCAGUUAUAUUUGGAGUUUUAGUAAAUGUUUGCAUGAUAUAGUAACAGGUGUGUGUGUGUGUGGGGGGGG